AUGACGGAGUACGACUUCUCACCCGAGGCAUACGAGCGUCACCUUGCCACUCAACAGCGCAUUGGUAGGUGGGUUGAUGAGACGGAGAAGUAUCCCCAGGAGAAUCCCUUCAUUCCCCUACCACCCAAUCCACUUCCACCAUCAGACUACGUCGCCUCCGCCCCUCCUGCUCCCCCACCUCCACCUGGGCCAUACCCCACGUAUGACUAUGGAUACGGGUACUCUCAACCUCAAACGGCGCCUCACUCCGCCCCUCCCACUCGCCCUUCCAGUCCACACCGCCGACACCACGGCCACAGCCGCAGCAAGGGUUUCCGAGUGUACGCUAGUGCCAACUCGAGCCCUCACUCGAACUUCAUGCCACUUCCACUUCUUCACCGUAACUAUCGCCCGGAUCUAGUACAAUCAUUCCCCCAAUCCGCCACAGCAUCUGCAGUGUACCCCAUGCCUCAUGGGUACGGCGUAGCGUCACCGCCGCAGCCCCAGCCAAAUUCUUAUCCCUCACAAUCCGCUGUUUCUUACCCGCCGCAGCCCCAACCAGAUUUUUAUCCCCCACAAUCCGCUGUUCUUUACCCGACGCAGUAUAGCGCUUACCAAACACCACAAACCAAUCCGUACCCACAAUCCACUUAUUCCUCUGGUCCACAAACACCUAGCUCCGCGUACACGACACUUCCUGGUGGGGGCACGUACGUUCAGCCGUCGUCGAAGCAGCCUGUGAUCGUCCCUAUUAAUAGCGGUACAGGCGGGUAUGUGAUCUAUCCGCCCUCCGGGACAUACUUCCGCACUGCGGACAUGUAUAGUAUUCGGCAGGUAGAACCUGAAGACCGGGGACAGUCACUCUUUGGGAGGCUUACGGGGGGUGCAUUGCUCGAUUUAAACAUGAAAAAGAAAAGGAGGAAAAGAAGCGAUAGUUAUUGA